AUGCCGAGCCGCGGGCUCUGGGCCGGGGUCUUCCAACGCCCCUCGGCUCGCGCGCUGCUCGCAGGCGCUAGAUCGCAGGCAUUGCGCGCGCCAGGAGCGCCCGGGCCGCCUCGGGGCGGGCGCGGCCAGGGAGACGCCCCGGCCGGCGGGGGAUGCGGGGGGGGCUUUGGCUCCUCCUCCUCCGCCCCCUCCCCAAAUGCUCCAGCUGCAGCCGGGCCGAAAGGCGGCCGCCGGGAAGCCAUGGGGAGCGCGGCGGCUGGCCGGAGGGACGCCGUGGGGCUCCUGGUCGGGACGCUGGCCGGCCUCCUCGCAGCUGUCGCUGCUGACCAGCCACAAAGUCCUCCCCGUCGGGUGAAUGGAGUCCUGGGGGGUUCGGUGGUUCUCUCCGUGAACGUUGUGCCUGGUGCCAAAGUGAAGGAGGUCGAGUGGAGCUAUCGAGCAGGGUCGGGCCCAGCGCUCCUGGUCGCUUUGUUUCGCGAUGGCAAAUUUGACCGCCCUGAUCCCAGCGACAGGUUCAAGCAGAGGAUUGAAAUGUUCAAUGAGACGCUGCGGAUCAAGGCCCUGGAGCUGAAUGACAGCGGCAUCUUUGGAGCGCGGGUGAAGAUCUUCCCAGCCCUGGUGGAAGACCAGCUCUUCCAUCUGACAGUCUACGAACCUGUCCUGACCCCCCGCAUCCAGAGCCAGCUGAUCUCCAGCACGCCCAGCGGAUGCAACGUGACGCUCCAGUGUCUGUCGCCUGGAAAGGGCCGCGUGAACGUCACCUGGAGGAAAGGAAACCCAAUCCAAGACCUUGGCAGCACAGACACAUACCAGGUCUCGCCUGACGGCAGGACCCUCCGCCUCUCCCUGCAGCCCACCUCUCUCAACACCACCUACUCCUGCAUGGCCAGCAACCCCGUCGAGCAUAAAAUCGUCUCCUUUGAUUUGCAGAGGAUCUGCCAGAGUGGAGUGGACAUGUCCUUCUCCAAGUCCGGCUACAUGGUCCUGACCAUCGUCCUUUUAGUGCUAAGUCUCGGGGCUGCUUUUUGGUGCUGGCGGAUCAACAGCGAGAAGUCGGCCCAGGCAGUUACCAUCCCAACUGUCCAAGUUGAGGAGAGCCCUUCGGAUGACCCGAACGCUGAGGUCCUGAAGAGGAGCCCCCCAGAAGGUCUCCGGGAAAAUAACGCACAGAGAAGCCCUCAGAGAGAACCACUCAUCACAACCGCUUAUGACCAGAACCGAAGGAACUCAGACAAGGUGCCUGGAGAAGUCACCUAG